AUGGUAGGCACGAUCCACCACACGCUGCCCUCUUUCCCCGAAGGGCUCCCCACCGCCCCGCUCGUCUCCGUAAAUCUAGCCCGGCUCGAGUCCUCCGACCCCAGCGAGUCAGAAGCGUUCUACACAGCAUGUAAGAACCUCGGGUUCUUCUACCUCGAUUGUACAGGCUCCAAGCUGGGGGAAGAGAUCGUACAAGGAGCAGAGCAGCUGCAUGCGCUUCAGCAGGUGUUCUUUAACCUCCCUGCCGAGGAGAAAGAACGCUAUGGACAGAGUAUGGACAAGUUCUAUGCUUAUCGGUAUACCGAACUCGAUAUCCGGGACCCGAAUGGCGUGCCCCUCCGGACAGAGAACUACAACUUGAAGAAAGACGACGUGCUAGGAAACUGCCCCCGGCUCCCCUGCCACCCCCUAAUCAGCACCAACCAACCCCUGUUCAAAUCCUACGUGCUCAACUGCAGAGCCGCGAUCGACCUGAUGCUGCAUACGCUCAACACCCACCUCCAGCUAGCCGAAGGCACACUCGCCUCCCUGCACAGGAUCGACCAUCUUUCGGGGGAUCAUGUUCGGUUUACGCAGGCGCCGCCUAGGCCUUGGGACGAUAAGCGGAUCUCUGCUGGCGAGCAUACGGACUUUGGGAGCAUUACGAUCCUUUUCAAUUGGCUUGGAGGCUUGCAGAUCCGGAGACCGGACAACGAUGAGUGGGUCUAUGUCCGCCCUGUGCCUGGGAGCGCAGUCGUCAACCUCGGCGACGCACUCGUCAAGUUCACAGCAUGCAUCCUCCGUUCAAACAUCCAUCGUGUCGUCCCCGCUCCCGGGCCUCAAGCAGGGCUCAUGCGCCACAGCCUGGUAUACUUCUCCCGCCCGGAAAACGAGGUGAUCAUGAAGCGCCUCAGGGGGGGGUUGGUGGAUGACCAGCCGCAUAAGGAGGGAGAGGAGGAGGAGGAGGAGAUCAAUAGUCAUGAAUGGAUUAUGCGCAGGGCGUAUGGGGACUUGAGGGGCAUAUAUACGAGCAAGGGGUUGGAGCCGAGGGGCACGCCGGCGGCCUAA